CAGUGCCUGCCUGGUCUUCUUAUAGCUUCCAAGUUCUUGACAGCAAAACCACUGCGGCUGACCGGCAUCGCAAGCCAUGUCCCAAAUCAACUUUGGGGACCCUCUCCCGGGAGCGUCCAGCGCCAACCCAAAUCCACGUGCCAUCCUCCUUCAGAUUCAGCAACAACAAGAACAAAUACUGCAAGUCCUCGAAGACCACACCCGACGUCUCGAGGAACUAAAUCAAGUGAUCCACGCACGGCGCUGGGAACGUCAACAGGGUGCCCACUCCAAGACGAAUGAGCGUAGCCAAUUACCCCCACCUCCUACUCCUCAGCCAGUUCAACAUGCUCAGCAUGUUCAGCAGGUCCAACACACCCAACUAGUGCAGCAAUAUGAUGACCGCACGCUCCAGCCACUAUCUAACGGACUAGAUACCCUUCAACAAGCAGCCUCUACUACCGAUCACGACAUGACUUCAUCGCAAGCGCCCGAGGAUCCCGAUAUCUCGGUUAUGCUCUACAAGGAACGGCCUCCCGUCCCCAGUGGUACACGGUUUCCCUCGUACCAAGCUCUACUUGACGGUGUUAAAGCCCACGAACAACGGCUCGGGUAUGCCACUGUUAUUGCUCACAGUGACCUGAAACCCAAGAAAGGCAAGGCCCGCGUCUAUUUCGGAUGCGUACACAGCGGCAAGUCUAGGAAGGGUUACAAACCCAAAAUCGGCGAGAGAGCUGAACAGCAUGCCACGGAGAACAGCAAGAAACGGCACUACAAGGACCGCGCCAGCAAGAAAACCAACUGCCCUUUCAAAUUCUCUGCCGUCGCCUUGGGCCCUCCCAGCGGUGGAGUCAAGGAGAACAGAGUCUGGCUGAACUGCCCGUGGGAGGUGAACUGGGAUGAAUCCAAGGAUAUGGACUGUGCUAAGCACAACCACCUAAACCCUGAUCAUGAAUCCUGAGCUUGCAUAGGCUGUUGAGGAUGUGUGCCUCUAGCAAACUGAACGGCAGCGUGUUGCCCAGAAGCCUUUUUUUCUUCUCAUCUCAGUCAAUACCUCGCGAUAGAUACGAACCAAACAACACACAUUUCGAAAAUAUUCAAGGCCUGCAUCGAACAAAGGACCGAUGGAACUGCUUUCACAAACAGGGGUUAUCCAGGAGCAGACCACAGCCAGUGAGAUAUGUUCGCAACCAGAGUUGAGGGGUUGUGUUGUCUAGCGAUACAGGACAGGGCUUAUUGUAUCUUGGUUGGUAAUGUUUACUUGCUUUGAUUUCCCG